GAGACUCGUCCGCGGCUCAUCAUUCGCUUUUCCUUAUUCGAACUCCUCAGUUGUGCUUGUAUCAGGUCACAGCAGACCACUCCAACCGCGCCGGUGUACCUCGUCAUAUUCCUUUCUUCGUCUGCAUCCCAUCCGCCUAGCCAAUGUCGGGCGGAGCGGGCGGCGGCGGCGGCUCCUCUGAGGAUCGUGGAGCUGGGGUCACCGGUGGCGGUCAGGAUAACCGUCCCUCCGCAGCCAGCACCGCCUCUCAGCCGUCACCUCUGGACGGAGCUUUCCUCCUCCAGCUGCUGCGGAAGCCCCUUCAGGCCCAGCCACCGCCGGCCGCGGCGCCUCUUCCCCACGAGCUUCACCAGGCCCACCGCGAUCCCGUGGUGCCCAGCUUCCUCUUUCCUCCCCACAAGGUCAUCGCUCCUCCGAAGGCGGCGGCCGAUCACUUCCCUACUCCUCCCAAGUCUGCAGACUCUCCGGCACUGCCCGGUAUUAUUCGUCCGGUAGCCGAUCACCGGAGAUUCCCGGGGGAUCCUGAGCCUCCGGAGGGAGAUGGGUUUCCGGCCAGUCGGAAAGCUGGCUAUUUUCCGAACGGUCGGUAUUCUGGUUCUUGGCGUCGAGGGGACAGGAGUGAGGAGAAUAGCCGGCCGGGGUUUCGGAAGGCCAUGCGUGGUGGUGGUGCUGGAAUUGGUGGCAGGAUCCCGAGCCGACGCGAAGGUGAUGCUGGUUUUGCUGAAUCUGGUCGCAGGGAGAAGGGGUACAUGGUGAGGCCACAUGGCUCUUUCCAGUGGAACCGUUCUCACAAUGAAAAGGGAAGGGGUGGGAUGAUGGAGGAGAGGCGGCCACCGGCUGUGGCACAGCGAAGAAAGAUGAAAGAGGAGUGGGUUCCUGUGAAUGGGAGGCAAGACGGGAAUAAUAAAUCUGAAACAGCUGAAGAUAGCAAAAAAGGAGGAAAAGAAUUGUGCAGUCCUGGAAUUCGAAGCGAUGAUCAGCUUGCAUUGAAGACUUCCACCAAUCAGGUUGAUCAGAAUGAAUGUACUAUUGGAAACGUCGAUGGGCUUUCCGAGUUGGGAUCGGAUACUCAUGAGUAUUUGCCAUGUGAGGUUUUGGAGGGGGGAAACUUGUCUGUAGAAGGAGUUGCAGAGCAGGACGGAAUGGAUGGUUUUGACUCUAAGAAUGAUACUCUGGGAGAAGAAGAUGUCCUAGCUGAUCUAGUAAUGGAUUCUUUGAUGGUUCUGGAUGAUCCUACUCGUAGGAGUGUGGUGAGAAAGUCCAAUGCUUCACGAGUCAAGGAACUCAGGUCAGAUCGUAGAGGACAGCAUGUAUCAAGCCUGAAAAUGAGAAUCUGUCAAAGAUACAGAGAAUGUCGUGAUGACAUUGACACUUUGACACCUUGCUUCCUUUCUGUCUAUGAAUCCCUAAUACCUGUAGAAGAGGAAAAGGCAAAGCAAAAUAAAUUAUUACAGUUGCUACAAAAAUCAAUUAAUAAAGAAUGGCCUAAUGCUCAGCUGCAUCUUUAUGGAUCAUGUGCUAAUACAUUUGGCUUCUCAAAUAGCGAUGUUGAUAUCUGCCUUGCAAUUGACGAUAGCAACAUGAGUAGGAAUGAGAUGUUGUUAAAAUUGGCAGAAAUUUUGCAGUCAGAUAAUCUUCAAAAUGUGCAGGCCCUAACUAAUGCUAGGGUUCCUAUUGUAAAGAUGAUGGACCCCAAAACUGGAAUUUCUUGUGACAUAUGCAUUAAUAAUCUUUUUGCCGUGGUUAACACAAAGCUCCUUAAGGAUUAUGCCCAGAUAGAUGACAGGUUACACCAAUUGGCAUUUAUUGUGAAACACUGGGCUAGGUCACGAGCAAUUAAUGCAACAUAUCAGGGCACCCUUUCUAGUUAUGCGUAUGUGCUCAUGUGCAUUCACUUCUUACAGCUGCGAAAACCUGCCAUUCUUCCUUGUUUACAGGAAAUGGAAGCAACUUAUGUCCUCGCUGUAGAUGAUACUGAAUGUGCUUAUUUUGAUCAAGUUGAGAAACUCAAAAAUUUUGGUGCUCAGAAUAAGGAAGGUAUUGCACAAUUGCUUUGGGCAUUCUUUCAUCAUUGGGCUUAUCAUCAUGAUUAUACAAGUGAUGUAAUAUCUGUUCGCACUGGAAGCAUCAUUAGCUUUUUUGACAGCAAGCAGUUGAAGGACUGGACAAGGCGAAUUGGAAAUGAUCGUCAUCUUAUAUGCAUUGAGGAUCCCUUUGAAACCUCACAUGAUCUUGGCCGUAUAGUUGACAAGCACAGCAUUAAAAUUCUGAGAGAGGAAUUCGAGCGGGCUGCAGAUAUACUACAAUAUGAUCCCAACCCAAGUGUAACUCUUUUCGAGCCUUACAUACCAAGUCCAAUGCAAAAUUGAUCAGAAGCUGGAGACAUUUUGGACGAGUUUUUGCCCUAACAUUUGGUUGCCUCCUUGCCAUUCCUUUUCUAUACUCUUCUGUUUGUGUGAGGAGCAAAUCUUCAGUCUUUUUUGUGCUUAUAAUGUAUUUACAUUGCCCUGCUUAGUGGGCCAAUGUAAAGUGAGGUAUCAUUUAUCCAAGUGACUGGGUACUUGACUAUCAGAAACAAAAACAUGUUAGGCUUGAUUUUUGGAACUCAGAACAAAGUUCAAGUCCCAUGCUUAGAAAAGAAGUUCAAUCCCUGGCUAUGACAA